GAGAGAGAGAGCGAGAGAGAGACAGAGAGAGAGACACACAGAGAGAGAGAGAGAGAGAGAGAGGAGGGGGUAGAGAGAGAGAGAGAGAGAGAGAGAGAGUGUGUAAGACGGGGGAGAUAGAGGGAAGAGAGGUCCACCUUCACCAGAGAAGGAAGAAAAGCAAGGGAGAAAAUAGAAAGCAAGUGUACAAGUGAGGAAGAUAUUGAAAGAAAUUAAAAAAUACCCCAAAAGAGAGCCAGCUCAAAAACAGAGUAGAAAUAGAAAGGAUGCAAGAAUAUUGACAACUAACACCCCCCAGAUUUGACUUGACAAUCACCCUCUCCACUCCGCUGCUCAGAAAAAAACCAAGGGGGGAGCGAGUGAGAGGGCUGGCCGAGGGAAGGAGGAAGAAAAGAGCGAGAUGACGGACUGAAGCAGUGGAGAGGAUAAGAGCCUUCAUCAUGCUCUACCGCACCCCGCUAGCCUGCCUCUUCCUGCUCCUCCUGUCGGGGGUGCUGGGGGGGCUGGUCCUGUCCAUCUGCCCCGCCGUGUGCUCCUGCAGCCGGGGCCACCGUGUGGUGGACUGCUCCUCACGGCACCUCUCACAGCUGCCCCCAGGCCUGCAGCACAACAUUCGCUUCCUCAACCUCUCGCAAAACAGCCUUCGUGGUCUGGAGGGCCAGCUCAGCCACUACGCCCACCUGCGUACCCUGGACCUGUCCUAUAAUCUCCUGGGUCGCUUCCCGUCCGGCCUGCCCAGGGCCCUGUGGGACAUUCGGGCCGCCGGCAACCAGCUCCGAGCCCUGGACAAGAACGACACAGCCUACCACUGGAACCUGCGGGUUCUGGACCUGUCAGCCAACGAGCUGGAGAGGGUGGUCUUCAUCAACAACACCCUGCCCAGCCUACACGCCCUCAACCUGAGUCACAACCGGUUCUGGACGGUGCCCACCAACAUGCCUCAUAAUCUGGAGAUGGUGGAUUUGUCCCACAACUACCUGGUUCAGAUCCUCCUGGGGUCGUUGGACCGGCUGCCCAGGCUGAAGAGGUUCUACCUGCACGCUAAUCGUUUCUCCUGGGUGCCGGAGGGGGUGUUUGACCGGUUGGAGGGGCUCGAGUUGUUGAUGCUUGGGGAUAACCCUUGGGCUUGUGAGGAGGAGGAGAACAUCACAAGGCUCUUGCUCUGGGCCGAACAUACCCGCGCUGCCGUGUUGGGCUGCCCCUGCUACACUAGGCCAACCUGUGGGCAAGCCCAUCUGGCAACUCCAGGAGGGGAGUGGCACUUUGCAUCCUACACAGAGCCUCCGCUGGGGGCUGAUGCCAGAGAGCUGGGCCGUGGAGGCCUCCCACCGGCAAGGGCUGCAGUCGCCACUUCUGGGUACCUGGCUAAGUCUGCGUUAUUGGAGCCUGGGAUGCAUGGAGACAGGGGGGUGGUCAACGGCUCGGGGGAUCAGACACUGUUCGUGUUCACCUCCACCCGCUCGCAUGGCCUCUCCACACGCACAAGCACAACGGGGCGUCCGCACUCUGCCACCAAGAAGCCCAAUACAGGAAGCACGCGGAGCAGAGGCCACGGUCUACACACACAGAUUGUGUGUUCUGCUGUCGCCUUGAACCUUUUAGUCACAGUGACUGCCUUCAAAGCCUCCUAAAGAGACUAGAGCCAAGUCUUGAUGGAUUUGAGAGGGCUAACCCUAUGUACAUUUGACCCAGAAUGUUAAAGGGAGUUUUGUUUUAAUUUUCAAGAACGUUCGACUGUUACUGCCUAAAAAAAAUGAAUAUAAUUGUGUAUUCUCUCUCAUCUUCCAACAAUUUGUGAGUGUAGUUGUGCUGUAUGACUAUAUCUUUCAAACACACAUACAAAUAAUAUCUAGGGCAAAUGUAUACACAUACAUGACUAAUAAUACUAUCGGCGUGGAAACAUGAAUGCUCUACUCCAUGUAGUCUAUACUGCUUGUGUGUUCUGUUGACAAACGCUGCUGCGUUUGAUGCUUUCUAUGAUAUAAACACAGGAACAGAACAUUUAGAAUGCAUUUACUGUACAUGUGGUUUGGAUGAGUCAGAGUAUGAUGUGAGAUACCUCAUCUUUACACCUUGGCAUCAGCUUGGUGAGGGGGGAUGUCUAGAAGUACUUAAAACCCUAACAUGCAUGCACACAAACACCUUGACUCUUUAUAAGCUCCUAAAAAUAACAGAAAGUUAAAACAAAAUGAAACCAAACUAUUAUCCUCUGGGCAUUGAAAUCCUCACACAUCAUUGACCAUUUGGUCAGAAAGUGACCCUCUUUCCACUAUUGUAAGGUGCAGACUUCCCCCCACUAUACUCCCUACCACACACAAAGACAGAGGUAAAGGGUAGCUCUAAAUCUGGUUCACCAGACAUCCUGACUCCCUCAGAACAGUGGGCAGCAGCCUGGGGAGGAGGCAUAGGGUAGCCCUCCUCUUCAGCUGAGUUGGAACUAAGAGGCUAUGAUAAAAAGCCCCAUAAAGCCUGCUGUAAUGAGUGAAUGGACCUUCCUGGGUCUUCUCCCUUACAGCUUGGAAGUCAGCAGUGGUAAAAAUGUAGGAGGACACAAUCCCUCUCCCUACCAACGGAAGGCCCAAUCUAGAUGAGUAUCAACUUCAAAAGAACGCUUCCCUGAUAUUGUGUUGAUAAAGUUUGUUUAUCAAGCUGGUUUAUAAUAACAAUAAUAUACAUAGACGCCAACAUG